UCUCAUUCUCUUCCCUGCGUCAAGACCUCUAAUAGGGUUUUUGCUCCCGUCGCUCUUCGCCGCCGCCACCACCCUCUCCGCCGUAUCGUCCACCACCACCUCCGCCGCCAUGUCCGGGAGGAAGAAGACUCGGGAGCCCAAGGAGGAGAACGUGACGCUCGGUCCCGCGGUGCGAGAAGGAGAGCAUGUGUUCGGUGUCGCUCACAUCUAUGCUUCGUUUAAUGACACCUUCAUUCAUGUCACUGAUCUGUCGGGAAGAGAAACGCUUGUUCGCAUUACUGGUGGUAUGAAGGUCAAAGCCGAUAGAGAUGAGUCAUCUCCUUAUGCUGCCAUGCUUGCAGCCCAAGAUGUUUCCCAGCGAUGCAAGGAGCUAGGAAUUACUGCUCUUCAUAUUAAGCUGCGAGCUACUGGUGGGAACAAGACGAAGACCCCUGGUCCUGGUGCCCAAUCCGCUCUUAGAGCCCUCGCUCGCUCUGGAAUGAAAAUCGGUCGUAUAGAGGAUGUGACUCCGAUCCCGACGGAUAGCACCCGCAGAAAGGGUGGGAGAAGAGGGAGGAGGCUGUAAUUUCCUUUAUCUCAUUCGCGAAUCGACGAGCAAGAAGCCCCCGACAUUAUAUUUAUGCAGCUCUGUCAGUUGUUCGCAAUAGCUUCUCCGUCUGUUAUGGUGAUUCGAACAUCGAUUAUUGUUCUGCAGUUUCUCUCUAGGAAUUUCAAGUGCUUCAGAUAACAGAGGGAUAUCCUCAUUCCACACUUUUUGAGUACUUGUUUUUCUGUGAUUUUUCUGUGUUCGUAGGACCUUUUCUCUGACCAUAAUUUUGCAACUGUAAUUUUGCUUUGAGAUGUUUUAUUAGAUAUUAGAUUGUUAUUUUCGUAUAA